UGAAGUUACUCACCAAGGUAACAUGGCUAUUUAGUGGCAAAAUCUAGACUAGUUAUAGAGUUUCAGAGUUGGCAGGGACCUCAGAAACCAUCUCGACCAACCCAUAACUGAAAAAAAAAAAAUCACCAUAACAUACUACUGGCCAUCAUCCAUCUUCUGCCUGACACCUUUCAAGGAAGGAAGCCUACCACCUCCCAAGAUUCUUGUUUCUACAACUUAAAGUCUCAAGAAAUUGCAUCGUAAAGAUUUUUUGUAGCAUUAAAGAAGAAAGAAUUGGAAUACUCAAACUUGGCUACUUCAUUGGGGGUUAUACUUUAAGAAAGCUGUGAGGGAAAAAAACCCUGCCUUUUUUUUUUUUUUAAACAGAACCUGGAGUAGAAAUUUUUUGAAGAUUUGAGAAAUUCAAUGAGUACUCUUAUCAUUGAAGCUUUUUAUGGAGGAUCCCAUAAACAGCUGGUGGAUCUCUUACAAGAAGAGAUAGAAGAUUGUGUGCUUUAUACGCUCCCUGCAAAGAAGUGGCAUUGGCGAGCACGGACAUCAGCCUUGUAUUUCUCCCAAAAUGUUCCAGUUAGUGAUGAUUACAGGAUCCUCUUUGCAAGCUCGGUGCUUAACCUGACUGAACUGACUGCCCUUCGGCCUGACCUUGGCAAAUUGAAAAAGGUUCUUUACUUUCAUGAGAACCAAUUGGUAUAUCCUGUCCAGAAAUGCCAGGAGAGGGAUUUCCAAUAUGGAUAUAACCAAAUUCUUUCAUGUUUAGUGGCUGAUGCCGUGGUUUUCAAUUCUGCCUUUAAUAUGGAGUCAUUUCUUACUUCUAUUGGAAAAUUUAUGAAGCUGAUUCCUGACCACAGACCCAAGAAUUUGGAAAGCAUCAUCAGACCCAAGUGCCAAGUUCUGUACUUUCCAAUCAGGUUUCCUGAUGUGAGCAGGUUCAUGCCAGAGCACAAAAUGACCCGUUUUAAGAAGAUAUUUGGCCUCAAAGGAAAUGAAGACAAUACUCCACUUAUGGAUCUUCCUUUCCAGCAGAAGAACAGAGUUACUGAGAGUUUAAUGAAAAACAGCCAUUUGAAUCUUGAGUCUGGACUUUGUGAAGUACGGUCUAGCCCUCAUACCACCCAACAAGAUAGCCAGUCUAAUCCAUUAACAAAACUGGAGGAUGUGAACAAGGCUCACCCAUCAAAUAAUUCAGACCCUGGUCAAAAAGAAGAUAAGCAACAUAUGGCUCUUAACCCCUAUAAUAUUUUGAGUGGAACUGAUGAACAACAAAGACCACUGCACAUCGUCUGGCCUCAUAGGUGGGAACAUGAUAAAGAUCCGGAGUUUUUUAGGUCACUACUGCGACUUCAGGAGGAAGGUUUAAGUUUCCACGUGUCUGUUCUUGGAGAAACCUUUAUGGAUGUCCCAGGUAUAUUUUCAGAGGCCAAAAAGGCACUGGGAUCUUCUGUCUUACACUGGGGCUAUCUACCCAGCAAAGACGACUAUUUCCAAGCACUGUGCAUGGCUGAUGUUGUCAUCUCAACAGCUAAACAUGAAUUCUUUGGCGUGGCAAUGUUAGAAGCUGUAUAUUGUGGUUGUUAUCCACUGUGUCCCAAAGAUUUGGUUUAUCCGGAAAUAUUUCCAGCUGAAUAUCUGUAUUCUACACCUGAACAGCUUUUUAAAAGACUUCAGAAUUUCUGCAAGAGACCAGAUAUUAUAAGGAAACAUCUUUAUAAGGGCGAAAUGGCUCGGUUUUCUUGGGCAGCACUCCGUGGUAAAUUCAGGUCUCUGCUUACAACAGAACCUAGAGAAGAUUUGUGACAGAUGGGGCUAAGUCACAAACUUGCAGCCUAAGGCAGAAUCUGUAGAACUUUCCAGAGUGUGCCCAUAUUUACCUGAUCAGAGAGAAAAGAAAAUCUGCAGAGGAAGCCGAGCCUGGCUGCUUGUCAUAGCUGACACAGAGCCAUCUGCCACAAACCUGUGGCGGCUUCAGAUCUCCAAUCCCUGCCACCACCCCAACUCAAAUUAAAUACAGAUUCCUAGAGACGUUAUGAUGGUUACACAUGUCCUCGGCAUCACAUGCAGGAGACUGUUCAAAAAAAAAUAUGUGGCCUGUUGUAUAACCGCACUCAUGUAUCCCAUAUGUGGUGCCACAUUGAAUUUCCGGUUGAAUCUGUUUUUAUCCUUUGUACUGGAUGACAUGGUGCCUGAAUUCUUUCUUUUUGCCGACAUGAUGGCAGCCAAACUGCAGCUUCAAAAGCUUGCACUUGGCUGGGUUUCUACCUAGGUUGCCAGGUUAUCAUUGGAGCCUUAUUGUGUCCUCAAAGGGCCACAGGGCCUGAAAGAAGGAUCAGAGUGCUACUGGACUAAUUGGGCAACCAUCUAUGACUUGUUUGUGGGCAAAGGGCUGCUUUAGCACUUUUCUUUUAGCAAAUUAAUGACUCUCUGGCACAGGGGUUUUUAAGUGAAGGUAUUAAUAAGGGGUCUGGCAGGUAUUCCCAUGAUUCACAGAGUUACAUUUGCAUUUAAUUAAUCUUAAAGAAAGCUGCAAGAUAAACAGCUGUAAUUCAAACUAGCAUGGGAAAUAUGCUAUGUGGUGCCAUCUAUCCAAUAAAAUGAAAGCUGAGCCACUUUUAUUUUUUUUUCCAUGGGCCAAGAACAGAUAACAGUUAAAUAUUUUCUAAUAAAACUCAUAAUUUUAAUGCAAAUGUUCAUAAAAAAUCUAUAUAUGCUGAUAAAGAUACAAUCUUUCCAAGAUAAAUCGCUCAUGAUUCCAACAGUCAAUCUGCUAUAUUUGUUGAUGUAAAGAUGUUUUGAAGAUUCAGAUUGUAGAAUAAAUUUUUAAUAAAGUGCCCACUGCAGUUUUUAAUUAGCAUAUCUCAUUCAUGUAUAAGAUUGUACAUCUAUCUGUAUGUUUAUCACUGCAUGCUUCUUUGUGUCAGAGUCAAUGAAUACAAUUGUUUCUUUAUCUGAUGAACAAGAGUCUGUCUUGCAAAUGUUUAUAAAAUAUUAUGACAAUCCCAAGAUUUUCUUUACAUUCUGGAAAGAAACAGCAGGUAAACAUUUGUAGUCAUUAAGGUAAAGUCUGUUGAUUAACCAUCUUCUGUUUAUUGACAGGUAAGUUGCAGUUUUUCUGGCUUUUGGAUUAGAUGUUCUUCUCCUUUAUCAUACUGAGGUGUAGGGAACAGGAAAAGAAAACUGCCAAACAAGGCCAGGACAAGGCAACUGGGGAUUCCUGGAGUUUCAGAAGCCAGGUAUUUAACUGAGGUUAGAGCAGGCAAUGGAUGCAGUUGAGUCCCACAGGUCUAAGAUAAUUAAGCAAGUAUAAGACAUCAUUUAAGUUUGGUAAUUCAAGCAAGGUUGCAGGGAAUAGGAAAGGACUUUUAAGUUAAAGGCAGGAAGGGUUCCAGAGAGUCCAAUGGGUCAAGGAGUUCAAAGCUAGAGAGUUCUAGGGAAUAGAAACCCUGAAGUAAGCUCAAGUCUACAGCAAAAAUCGUGCAUUCUCUCCCUCUUUUUAUAUCCCUCCCCUCAGAUGUAGAUAGCCCUGGCCCACAAUUAUGAGGUGUUAAAAUCACUGGACUGUGAUUAUGGGGAGCUGGAUUCUACUGUCACCAGUUAUAGAAUUUGAGUAAAUCACUUCCCUUAUCUAAGCCUCAAUUUCCUUAUCUGUAAUAUGUUGGACUAGAAGAUCUCUAAAGUUCCUUCAAGAUGCUAGCAUUACCUGGAGGCUUUUACUUCUUUUUUUUUUUUUAAAUUGGUGCUUAUUACCAAAUGAGUUCUUUCCUUUGAAUUUGAGUUGAUCUGCAUCUAUAAAGCCCAGUGUCUUUUGAUGUCCGCUGCUUCUUCCUCAACAAUUUUAAUUUAAACUCUGAUCUCACAAAUAAGAAGCUGUACUUGAUCUGUUGCACUACACCAGAAAGAAGUGAGCAGACUCAGAUGAUACUGUGUAAAAGACAGUUUGCCAUAGAUGUUUUUCUCUAGUUGAUAGGGAAAAAAUACAAUUCAAAUGGUUUAACAUAAAUAUUUAAAUGUUUUCCUACUAUCAGAGUAUAUAAUUUUGGAAUAACCUGUGUAUUUCUCUAUAUGUGUACCCAUAAAGCCUGAAUCAAACUUGGAAUUUAACUGUACCCGCAAUUCCCCUGGGGCAAAAACCUACAAUAAGAGCUAAACCUGUCACUUCCUCUUAAACUCAUGCUGUCAAAUCUAGGUAUUGAUGUACAUAAGCAGUAGAAUAUUGUGCAUUUAUUUGAGUCUGAAUGGUCUAUGAUACACACACGCACACACACACACACACACACAUUUGAGGCUGUCAGUGUCCAAACUUUGGAAGUAUCUCUUUGUAUUUUGAAUAUAUACAUAUAUGUGUAUGCAUAUAUAUAUUACAUAUACCUAUGUUUAUAUAUGUACUUAUGAUAAGGUGAAAUCAUAAAGUCAGUCUUAUUUAAUGUUGUAUGACUUCAAAAAGGGCUACUAUUAAAUGGAAUGACCCUAUGUUUUAUAGAAGUCAACAAAUGUCAGGCAACUGAUUAAUACUUGAGCCCACAACUUUAAUACCAUUCCUUUCUUUUUUUCUCAGUGAGACCAACACACCCCUGUUACUCCUUGCUUACCACGUGUACAUUGAAAACAGAGGUCCUGAAGUCAAAUAAUUUUAGAAUUGGAAGGACUUCAAAGAUCUAGUGCAAUACCCUUUCUUUGUGUUGCAGGAAACCUCUCUAUGAGAUCUCUGACAGGUGCUCAUCCCUGACAGUCCAUCGCUCUGAAGUCUUUAAGCAAAGGCUUCUCUGGUGUUUUGUAGAGGAAAUUCUUUCUCAGAUAAGGAUUGAAACAGCUGACUUUUGAGGUCCCUUUCAAUUCCAAAAUUGGGAGAUUCUGGGACUUCUCAACUUUAUUUUAGGGGGUUAAUUCUUUUAAGAGUAAACACUAACAUUUUAAGGUGUUUUUUUUUUUUAAUUUUAGUAUGUCUAUAAAAGUCUACCCAUUCUGAAAAACAAGCAAUAAUGUCACGCAUCGGGGUACAUACCUAUAAUCCCUACUACUGGGGGAGACACAGUGGGGCCAAAGCCAAUCAGGUGUCUACACUAAGGUGGCUGGGGAAGGGGAGUGGUUAGAGGGAACAGAUGAGCCCAGUUUGGAAGCAAGUCAAAGCCUCCAUGCCAGUCUGCAGUGGGCUCAGGCCUGUGAGCGUACACUGAGAGAGAGUGGGGAGAGAAGAGAGGAGAGGAGAAACAAGAAAGGAAAUGAAGAGAAGGGGAAAAGAAAGGGAGGGAGAUAGAGCAAUAGUGUAAUCAUGUAACAAGCAAUAAUGCCUUAGGAACCCGCCCUCAGCUUCUCUAAUAAGCAAUUUAUAUCUCUAGCUACAUAUUACUAAAGUAAUCAAAAUCAUGCUAGGUUCCUAAUUAUUAAUUUAUUCUACAUUGAUCAGGUAAACACUAGUCAAAAGAUGAAUGUAGUACCUGGCCCUAAAUAUUAUCCACUCUAAUCCAACAGGAAAAAUAACAUCUUCAAAAAAGGAAAAUCCCAAAUCUGGACUCAUGUCCUUCCGAUCUUGUAAAGGACAAUAUGAAUGUUCCACUUGCCAUCCUGGCAGAUAAUAAAGGUCAAAUCUAUAAGGCACUCAGAAAUUUAACCGUAAAGAAUUGCAGAGAUAAAUUACAACACCUUGAAUUGCAUCUGGACGCAGAUUUCAUUUUGUUGAAGGUGUUAUUUAUAUUUUGUAUUUUAAAAAGUAAAAUCUGUUUUUGAAAAAGCAUCUGUUACCCAGAAAUAUUUAAGAGCCACAAAAUAUAUUUUCAUUUAUAUUUCAAGAUAUCACUCAUGAGCGAUAUAUUUUCAAUAUGGUAGCCAGAACAUCCUUUAAUGUCAAUAUACUUUAGAAUCCUCUGCCAUUGAUUAUUGUCAAGAUACUCCCUAAUUGCUUUUUCAAGGCAAUGAAUGGACAACUAUGAAUUGUUGAAUAUUAGAAUCUUUGUGUGCUUAUAAUUCUAAAUGCAAAAAUCCUAUGGAUUCAGGCUUUAUAAAAUAAAAGUCAAAGGACUACCCUUCACUAAAA